AUGACAUCCAGAGUUGUCUCAUUCAAGGGCCUGGCCCUCAGCCUGGGCCUCCUUCUGACUGUGGAAGCACUUGAUCUGGGCUCUUUCGGCGGACAGGCGGAAGUCAGGCUACUCAUGGAGAACGUUGCUGGCCAGGAGACCACGCCUGAGGCUAGAGAGAUGCUUAUCAAAGCAAACGAGAAGCCCGACUACACAUGCACUGCAACUAAGUCAUGUGACCUUGGAUGCUGCGGACCUCUCGAUGACACCGGUACCGGUGCUUGUGGCUUUGGUCCCGUCUUCUGCGGCGACAAAUGCACCAGCGAUUGCAGUCGUAAAUCUGAAUGCGAUCCUGGCACCUGGGGUCUCCAGUAUGCGAACCUCACCACUUGCCCACUCAACGUGUGCUGUAGCGAGCAUGGCUUCUGUGGCACGACGGUUGACUUCUGCGGCCCCAAUCCUGUGCCGCAUCCUCAGUGCGACCUCUCGCAGCGGACCGCCGACGCGCGCACCAUCGGCUACUACGAGGGCUGGAACUUCCAGCGCCCCUGUGGUAACAUGGAGCCUGAGGAAAUCCCCUUGGGGCACUGGACGCAUAUCAACUUUGCCUUUGCUCUCAUCAACCCCAAAACAUUCCACAUCGAGGACAUGGAUCCAGGUACCGGAUCACGAUACGGUCGUGUCGCGGCCCUCAAGGAGAGGCAGCCUAACCUCAAGAUCUGGAUUGCUGUUGGAGGCUGGGCUAUGAACGAUCCGGGCUCGUACCGGACCGCCUUCUCCGACAUGGCCGCCAGCGAAGCAAACCAAGACAAGUUCUUCGAUUCACUGUUGACUUUCUUGAGGCGAUAUAACCUAGAUGGCGUUGAUCUCGACUGGGAGUAUCCUGUGGCUGAGGAUCGAGGCGGCAUACCCGAAGACUUCGACAACUACGUCAAUCUUCUGCGGAGGCUCCGCGAGCGCUUGAACUCAUCAGGUCGUGAAUACGGCAUCAGUCUGACUCUUCCUGCCUCUUACUGGUAUCUCCGCGGCUUCAAUCUCCAAGGAAUGGAGCCAUAUCUCGACUGGUUCAACAUGAUGACGUACGACAUCCACGGUGUCUGGGACGCCAGCAUCGACAGUCUCGGCCCUAUUGCCCAGGCUCAUACGAACUUGACCGAAAUCAAGAUGGGUCUCGAGCUCCUGUGGCGCAACAACAUCAACCCAGAGCGUGUUGUAUUGGGUCUUGGGUUCUAUGGUCGCAGCUUCACGAUGAAGGACCCUGGAUGCAUGACGGCUGGCUGUGAGUUUAGCGAUGGCGCUAAUGGCGGCGCAUGCACGGGCACGCCCGGCGUGCUGUCGGCGGCGGAAAUCAACGAGGUCAUCGCUAAUGGCGCCACUGUCACCCACGAUGAAGAGGCGGCUGUCAAGAUUGUCACUUGGGACUCGAACCAGUGGGUCUCAUUCGACGACACGCAAACGUUGGGAACAAAAGUUGAUUUUGCUCAUCAGCACUGCUUAGGAGGAACCAUGGUCUGGGCUAUAGAUCUCGACGAUGGCACGCUUACAAAAGCUCUUGGCGAAAACAUCGAGAGACUGCCGAUGCCCACGUACAAACCAAGACAGGUCUUUGAAUGCGGUGCAAGGCCUGAGUUGUAG